AUGCGCGCGCAGCUUUCCGACGCGCGGCGCGAGGCGCGGCGCAUGCGGGAGGGGCGCGACGCGGCGGCCGCGCGGCUGCGGCAGGCGGAGCGGCGGCACGCGGAGGAGGCCGCCGCGGCGGCCGAGGAGGCGGGCCGGCUGUUGGAGGCCGCGUGGGGGGAGCAGCAGCGAGGGGAGGCGGCGGCGGCGCGGGCCAUCCAGGAAAAAGAGAGGCUCCAGGGGCUGCACGAGGAUCUGAAAGCCAUGCAGGCGAGGCUGGUCAAGGAGGGCGCGUCUGCGGACGAAUUCAAGCGGCGACAGCUGGAGGACUCGCGCCGCGUGCACCUCCGGCAGGCGCAGGCGGCGCGCGCGGCGGCCGACGCGGCGCGGCGGGAGCUGGAAGGACGCCUGGCCGCGGCGCUGGUGGAGGGGGCCGCGCUGAGGGCGGCGCUCGCCGAGGCGCAGGCGGCGGCGGCAGCGGCGGCGUGGGGCUCGCGGGAGGGGGAGGGGCGGCGCACGCCGCACCUGCAGCGCGGCAGCGCGGGCGGGGCGUCGGUGUCGGCGCUGCUGGGGCAUGGCUGCGGAGGCGCCGGGAGAGGAUCUGAGGUGGCGGAAUCUGAGGUCGUCAUUGGUUGUGGCAGCGGCGAUGGGGACCAACAAGAGGAGGCGGAGCCGGGCUGUUCGACGCCCCCGCGGCGCCGCACGUGGGACCUCCUUCUCAGCAGCUUCCGCAGGGGCAGCUUCCGCAGGGGCAGCUUCCGCGGGCGCGGCGACGGCGGCAGUGCUGACGACUGCGGCAGCGCGGCGCAGGGGCCUGGCAGGGCCGGCGGCGAGGGGUCACGUUGGCCGUCGCUCAGGCAGUCCCUGAGCGUGCGGCUGGGCCCCUGA